GUUUUGUUUUCGCUAUGACCCAUCCAAGUAUACCAACGACACAAAAACGUUACAGGUCCUCAAGUGAAGAUGAAGAAUCCUCUAGUGAGGAGUAUGACAGUGGAGAUAAUUAUGGCACUAGUACCAAGAGAACACCUAAACGACGUCCACCGAAAAUAACUAAGACACGAUCUCAUACUAGGAAACAAAGCUCAAAUAGUUUUGGUAAUAGACCACGAGAAGAAAGAUACAGCAAGAAAGAUGGGUUUAUUGUUGAUGACGACAGUGAAGAAGAUCAAUCAGAUGAAAGUCAAUCCAUCGAAAGAAGAAGCACGUCUCAACGUCCAACGCGAUCUUCAGUAUCAAGUUCUUCGGCAUCCAAGAAAACCAAGAAAAAGACCAACAGAAGAAAAAAAGAUGACGAUGAUGACGAUGAAGAUGAUGAUGAUUUUUCAGCGGACGAAGUACAAGAAUUAGAUACCUCUGUCAUCAUCAACAAUGGUCGCCGUACAAGAGGUAAGAAAGUGGAUUAUAGCCAGUUCAACGAACAAUUGAACGACGAUGACGAUGAAAACAAUGACGACAGUGAUAACGAUGCACACGACAGUACGAGCGAUGGAGGGGACUAGCAGUAUUAUCUUGAAUAGUUUAGUAUUUUAUUAGGGAUUAUUUAUACAAACAAUAAAAAAAAAAUUAUAUCGAA